AGUUGUCCUAAAGUGAAAAGUUGGACAUUCAAAGCUUAGUAUAUAAUUGCUACAGGUGUUAAUGAUUAAAUGAACAAGCACAUAAAUGCAUAUAAGCACUUACGAACAAAUGGCAGUACCACGCCGGUAAUAAUGAUGUAGCAGGCCACGAUUUUCAAAUAGAUCCGCUUGGAGCACUAGCUUCGUAAAUAGAAAGUAAAAUUUGCAAACGUUGCUUUUGACUUGUAUUCAUAAUCUUUCAUUAUGAAAUUUGCAAUUUAAAGUAUAAAAUUUUACUGCGAAAUUAGAAAUUGCCCCACCAACAACCUCAAUCAAUACAGAUCAAUAAAUUUGCAAUUUCUAACUAAAAACUUAAAGCCUCAUUGCAAUCGUAAUAUCUUAAGUAGUUUUUCAAAUGCAAGACUACAUCCUUUUAAAUUUAACUUUUAUUUUAAGAAUUUCAUCAUAUUACUAAAUUUAUGACACAAUUUACAAUCACUUUUUAAAAUGGUCAGCAAAACUAUUUGAAAAUGCUUACCUAAAAAUUCUUAAAGAGAAAAAGUUAUGCAACGAGUAUCUUCUAACUUCACGAUAAAUUGUUGGUAUGAUUUUGGACAAAAACACAAACGUUGACAAAUUGUGUGUAAUUGUUUGUGCCAUACUUGUUGAUUGAAAUGUUGGUAGGAAAUAUUAAUGUGAGCAAUAAUGAUGACGACAAUGGUGACGAUAACAGAUUGGAACGAAAGAAUGAAAGUUACUGCUGGUCGUGUGGUGAGUUUUAUGCUUGGAAACGAAAUCAACCAGAGGUGAGCACAGCAUGUGAAGGAUUUUGACCGGGUUGACUGUAAUUCCUGCAACGUUGGGUACAAAACGCAUGGUUUUUUCCAGUACACGUCCAUUAGGGAUAUUCAGAUAUUUAUAGAGUUUAUGGUUGCCCCCUAGAGGAGAAUGUACAAAGGAUAUUUCAAAUGUUGGAAAAUGAGGGACUUUCCGUUUAUAAAUAACUUCAAGAUGUGUCAUAUACAGAGGUAGGUAGGAAGUAGCAUGGACUUAUUGUAGGCAUAAAGAUCGGGUAUGAGUCAUACCGUUGACGUAUAUCUAGAAUAUUCUAGAAUUCUACUUUCUCUCUUUCUCAAAGCUUCCAGAACAUUUUAAAUAAUGACGAAAUUCUCAUACAUGGAAAGAUUUAAAACCAGCUGUGGAAAGUGAUACAUAUUGAUUUAUAAACGUUCUUAUUUGUAAAAGUUUACAACGGUAGUGUUACACAUAUUUAUUUCAAGUAAAAAACGUUAACCAACGUUUUUGUGGAAUCGUUCGUGCAUACGAAAUCAUUCCCUACUAUUGCACAAUAUUCAAAUUACAAAGUAUUGCGAAACUUAAUUGUGCGUCAUGAAUACAAUUAAUCCCAUAAUUAAUUACAUUGAGGUAUCAACAUAUGUAGGUAUCCAGACAUCGGCAAAACAUGUGUCCAUUAUAUUUUGAUGUCCAUACGGACAAUUACUGUGGAUGGUCGUGUAUCCUUGCCGAUAUUCGAAAAUGAUAAAUUGAAUGUACCUGACACAAGCGAACGUAACGUUGUCAUAAUUAGUUGAUAACUCCUUAUCUUAAACUUACUCAGCAGCAUGUAUGACGUUAGCAAAGUAUGAACCUACUUUUGUCAGACCACUGUACUAAACUUAUCAUUAUGAUUUAGCCAGUCUAUUUACCAGGUUGGGUUGAGUUUACCAUCUGGAAAGAAAUUGAAAAUCACCAUGUCUGUCAUUACGGUUGCGUUAUUGGCCACCUUUAUAUGGGGAAAUUUUCUCUCAAAUUUACAAUCCUUCGAUCUCCAAAUCGGCGGAUUAAAUGCGUCUGAACUUGCCGAUUUACGAAGUCUCGCCGCACCAGUGGAAUCCAGCGUUCGAGAAGAAUUCGGCGCCUGGUCGGGCACCUGGGUCGUAGAGCUGCCACAAUUCGGAGGAACUGAAAGAAUGCGGCUCUUAUCUACCCCUCCGAUAAAACAUGCGGCACCGUUCCUCGCCAAAAUUAAGACGUGGGGCUAUCAAAUCACGUUUUAUCAGAGUUAUCAAGAAAAACAAGAAAUUUUCAGGCAGAGUUGUGUCUCCGUCGAAAGUACUCCGUCUCUCGUUCAUUCCUGGAUAUUGGAGAAAGACGCCGAUCUCGUCAUCCUUCCACCUCCCCCAUCUCCGACGACGACACUCUUCCCCCCAUCCACGUCCACCCCCAGUACGACGACAACCAUAAUCUCGACUUCCAGUACCAUCAUUAACACGACAACUACGCUCUUCCCCGAUUCAACUAACGGCUCGACGUCAGCGACAACGCCCCAGGAUGUAUCGGAUAGCACAGUUGGAACUUCGACCACUGAAAUAAUAUCGACAACACCAAAGGCUGCAGCUUCUCGGAUGAGUGGCACCUUUGUCGUUAUUUUUGCAAUAUUUGUCACCAUAUUAAUUUUGUAAAAGUAGUGCGAUUUUGUCCCAACAUUUUAAAAUAAGAAACAUGCUACAGCAUUAUCUUGAUUCCAUGUGGUAAUAAAUUGCUACAAAUUUAUUACUAGGG